AUGGGGAAAUUCGUCUACGCCUGCAAUUACGCAAACCGGACCAAAAAGAUCACCAAUGCGUACCAGUGUCCAAGUAACAAGGACGAGAUAACAAAGAAGAAGAAGAAACUAACGAAUGAACAGUUAGCUUCACUUGAAGAGAGUUUUCAAGAAGAUAUCAAAUUAGAUUCAGACAGGAAGCUGAAGCUGUCAAAGGAGCUUGGUCUGCAGCCACGUCAGGUAGCGGUAUGGUUCCAGAACCGCCGUGCGAGGUGGAAGGUGAAGCAUCUUGAGGAGUCUUACGACUCGCUUAAGCAACAGUACGACGUUGUUUCACGUGAGAAUCAAAUGCUUCACGAUGAGGUGAUGAAGCUGAGAGGUAUAAUACUAAAAGAGCAAUUGAUGAGGAGGCAAUCAAAUCUGGACAGCAAUCAAAUCGCCGGAGGAAAUCAAAUUUAUGGUAAUACGACGCUCGUUGCUCCUACGAGCUGGCCUCCGAUAUCGCAGCCGCCUUACCCGUCGUGGUAA